GGUCCGGUUCCCACGCCCCGCAUCAACCCCAUCCAAGCAGCAGCCCGGGCAACGGCAGCGACCGUCCUUGACUGUACACGCUCAUAAGAUGAUGGGACUGUUUUCGCUCCUGAGAAAGCUGAAGCGCUCCGACAAGGAGGUCCGCAUCCUCCUGCUUGGCCUCGACAAUGCCGGAAAGACGUCCGUGCUGAAGCGCCUCGCGUCCGAGGACAUCACCGAGAUCAAGCCCACCCAAGGUUUCAACAUCAAAUCCGUCUCGCAGGACGGCUUCAAGAUGAACGUGUGGGACAUUGGCGGCCAAAAGUCCAUCAGGCCAUACUGGCGCAACUACUUUGAGAGUACCGAUAUUCUGAUCUAUGUGAUUGAUAGUUCCGAUCGGCGUCGGCUUGAAGAAACUGGCCAGGAACUGAAUCUGCUGCUCGAGGAGGCCAAACUCGCCGGAGUACCGUUGCUGGUGUUUGCCAACAAGCAAGAUCUUGUUACGGCGCUGCCGGCGGAUGAGAUUGCGACGGCGCUGAAUCUCAACUCGAUCCGCGAUCGUCGCUGGCAGAUUCAGCCCUGCUCGGCCAAGACUGGAGAUGGUGUGUCCGACGGGAUGGAAUGGGCAAUCCAGCUGUGUCAAAAGUCCAAAUAGUACCGCCGAUUGUGUCGAUUUGUUUCUCCUCUCUGUUCUCUCUGCUCUCACUCUCAUCUCAGCGCACAUUGAGGUUUUUACCUCCUCGGUACGAUGCUGUUUACAAUCUCUGAUUAUCGAGUCCGAGCGCUUGACGCCGAUUAUGCUUCGGCUGCGUUGAUCUCGCCAUCGACCGUGCAGUCAAGCUCGAAUGUCGAAUUUUGUAGCUAGCACUUUGGCG